GAUCGUGAUGGUCGCAGUUCUUGCCAUCGUGGUGAUGACCAUGGCCUACAGGGUUGCAAUCCUUUUGGCCAAGUGCACCGACGAGGGAGAGUGGUGGAAGUCGAUCAGAGUCCAGCGGAAGAAUGCGGAGGAGAUGCAGAUAGAAGCUGGUGCGAUCACUGCGGGCUUCCUCAUUGUCCAAUGCAUCUGCUAUUACCUGUCAGUUGAGGAAGACACUUACCACCGCUUCAUGCCCAUUCUGCACGGGGAACCUGGGCAUCACGUCGAUCACUGUGUCUCGAUCCUAAUCGGAAUUGCAGUGGUGCUCCUUAUCGCCUCAGCGGUUUGGGCGGUUUGGGCCCGGCCCACUGGGAAUGAGAAGCCUUGCGUCGGCAGCUUCCUCUACGAGUACUUUGGGGCGCUUGGGGCUGUGACGGCCUGCUGGUGCCUCCAAAGAGCUGGUCACAUCUACUUGCAUGGAAUCUUCAUCAAAGAUAAUUCCCCGGAAAUGGCUUCGAGCAGAAGUAUCAUCGUCAAUGCUUUUGUUAUGUCCCUCUUAGCCGUGAUCUGCGUCAUCGG